ACAGUGAGGAAAUAAGGUCAAAAUUAGCCAAAAAACGCUCUUGUUUACAUGGAAUUUUUUUUAUCGAUUGUUAUCGCACGCCAGAGUCGAAAUAAAUUUGUUGGAGGAAUUGGCAAUGAAAAGCGGAUUUGUCCAAGCCCAGGUGUAGAUUUGUAACGACCUGAUAUAAAAGCAAUAACAUGGAGUAAGUUAUGUCGUGUGCAUAUAAAUUCGUGUCUCGAGUGUUUUACAUGUUAACAAGAAAGGUCAUUGUCUUGAGCCGAUCGAAAUUUUCAUUAAAUGUGAAUAACCGAUAAUGGACAAAAUGAAUGAAAAUAUUAUUAGCGUGACUGCGGCUAAAUUUAGACGUGGACAUGAGUACGCGGCUCACGCAUGUUUAAUUGCUCGAUUAAUUGUCCGGAUUCUUUCCGCGCUAGUUUAUGCAUCUAUUGAUUAAAAAAACGAAAAAGAAUAAUUAGAAAGCACUUGCGUCAUUACAAUUGGGGUAGCUGGUAUUGAUUUUAAGCAGUAUUUGUGAGCGCCGAUGGGGGCGGUCGACUCUCGCCGACUCUUAUUGCGAGAUGGCGGGAACAUCCCGCACGUGUAUUUUGACGUAUGUCAAUCAGAAAGACGAAAUUUUAGCGAAAUGUGUGCGUUUUCCGCGCACCAAACGCCUCUGAAAUGGUGACCAAGGGAUCAGAAAUACCGGUCGAUGGCUGUAAGUGACGAUUCUGGACGGUUUUGAGUGAUGUAAAGCCGUUUUUUACCACUGGCUUGGGCGGGAUGCAUGCAUUAGGUUUUUUAAAAAGCACGCAACAGGAAUUGUAUGAAUUGUACCUUUAGAGUGUGUGCGCAAUGAGCCCUGUUUAAGCACAGUACUUUUUUACGAGACGCUAUGUAUUGCCGAUCUUACGUGCAAGAAAUAUUUAAUUGAUCGGGUGGCAUUUUUCUCGCGAAUCUUAUCCAAUGUGUCAAAAUGGAAACAAAUGUACUUUCAAAAUGGUGUCGGAUUUGUUCUUCUGAAUUUAAUACCGGGAUUUUCCUCUUCGGGGAAGAGGCUAGAAGGCUGUUUCUCCAUGCUAAAAUUAGAAGAUAUCUAGCACUCACGAUAUCAGUUGAGGACAAACUACCAAAAAUGAUUUGCGAAGACUGCUACAAGAAGCUCGACGGCUUUCACAGAUUCGCCACGAUGGCACUUAGAAACCAAGACAAAAUGACCAAAUUCGUCUGCACAACCACCAAUAACAACCACGAGCAAAAAAAUUUAGAAAACAAGUCACUCCUCCAUACCUAUCUCACUAAAGGGAUCAAAGAGAAAGAAACCCAGCCAGAAUCAGAAAUAACCGAGAUGGAGGUCCGCGUGGACCCCAUGAUCAUCCUCCAGUGCUCCCUCGAGACCGAAGACGACGAGGAAGACAACCAGAGCGAGGAAGUCUCAGACGGCGAAAGCCACGUCCAGAGAGAGAACCUCUCAGAGAGCGAAAACUGUGACAAAUAUCGUAAACCAUAUCUUUGCCCCUCGUGUCCGAGGAGUUUCACGUCGGAGCUAGCCCUCCAGAACCACACCUGGAACCACUCCCCGCCCAUCAAACGUAUCCUCAACAGCCACGACAACUGGCUGGAAACCGAAGAAAAAGAGACUGAAGAAAACGAUGCUUCCACAAACAACGACGACGAGGACAACAUGGAGGAGUUCGCCAUGUCGCGCUUCUCGUGCCCCAUCUGCGGCAAGGAGAUUUCGACCAAAGGCAACCUCAAGGUUCACCUCGAGACGCACAGACCCAAGGGGAAAUACGGCUGCGAUAUUUGCGGACGAAUAUUCAAGACCCAGUGCAACUUGUACCGACACAAGGAGUACCACGGCGGGAUUCAGUACCCCUGCGGGGUAUGCGGCCGGGUGUACCCCACAAAUAGCACUUUAAGGGCCCAUUCUAUCACUCACAGCGACCUCAGGCCCCACAAAUGCCCCUUGUGCGACAAGACGUUCAAAAGGAACCAGGAUUUGAAGUUUCAUAUAAACCAACAUACUGGUGCUAGGCCGUAUCAAUGUCCCUACUGUCCCAAGGCUUUCGCUAGUUCUGGCAACUGCUUCUCGCACCGGAAACGGAUGCAUCCGAUUGAGGUUGAGCGGGAUAGGGAACGGGCAGCGAAAAUUAUGCGAUAAUUUCGGUUGAUUUUCUUUAGAACCAACAUGUCCGCCUGAUGAGGUCAACAAGUGAGGUUAUGUUCUAUGUUCUGGUGUAAUUAUAUAUGUGUGUAUAGAUAACCGGGUGUCAUAUUCAAAAUUAUAGAGCUCUACUUUCGUGUCGACUCAUUUCGAGUUUAGUUUUGGUUGCAAAAGUGUCCCACUCUAUAUGGACGCUCCCUGGUGACCUGACCUGACCGGGGGUGACCGUAUGGAAGUGGGACGACUCUAAAGCCUUUUACAAUUUUGUGUAGGUCUAGGUAUAAGUAUCACGGAAAAUAGUAUUAUUUUGGAUAUAACCCCACUUGGUACGUUUUUACGUUUCGUAUUAUAGUAGAUCAACUGUGAUGAAUUUUGUAUACGAUUUUUGAUUUUUACUGAAAAUUAUAUCUAGACAAAAUAUGGAUGUCUCAAGGUGUAUGGUAGAAAAUUAAUGUCAUUAUUUAGAGCAAUAAUUAUUUCUUUUGGGAGUCACAGUACUGACAAAAUAAAGUGACAAGGAACAAUUUUAGUUAUAGUAACCAAUGGCUGAUACUACAGUAUUAUAUUAAUAUUAGAUAAACGUGUAAAUAAAGUUGUUGAAUAAAGGAUUUUAAAAUGA